CUGGUUUCUACUGAAAGGCUCUGAAAACAUGAAAAUAAAUUUGAGUGUCGUGGACUGAAAAACAAAUCUGUGUACACAAGUAUCAGUAUUCUGAAUUUAAGAAAUUAAAAAUGUAGCGGAUUGUAGUAAUUAUAUGUACUGAAAGUUAAUAACUGUAACUGGCAAAAAGUUCUGACUUUUAUUUAUAUGCGCGCGAUUUCGAAUGGGUAUAUGAAUUGGAUUGUAAUUCAGAUAAAAUGAAACCAGUACGUCCUAAAACUCCAAGAAAACCAUUGGCAAAGUUAAAAUCUACUGUGAAAGAUCCUAUAGAAGUGUAUUGUAGAAUCAGACCCUUAGACAAUGAAUAUGAUCAAGUUUGUGUUCGAGCAAAAGAUGAGAAAACUGUUGUUUUAUUCCCACCUGAUGUUUCUCAGACAUCUAGAACAUUCAAAGAAGUGCAUUAUUCAUUUCAACGAGUAUUUAAUGAGAAAACAACACAAAAAGAAUUCUUUGAUCAUGUGGCUUUGCCUUUAGUGAAUGAUCUUCUACAAGGUAGCAAUGGUUUAGUAUUUACGUAUGGAAUAACAUCAUCGGGUAAGACACACACUAUGACUGGAAAUCCUCAAGAUGGGGGAUUAUUGCCCAGAAGUCUUGAUGUUAUAUUUAACAGCAUAAAGGAUUUUCAAGCCGCAAAAUUUGUCUUUAAACCUGAUAGACUUAAUGGUUUUGAUAUACAGUCUACAGCUGAAGCCCUAUUAGAUCAGCAAAAAGAACUUGGCAUUUUUAACAGAACUCCCAAACCCAAAAGGAAAGAAACUAUUGGUGACUGGUGUAACAGAGUUCCAGAUUCAACUGUAAUAACUGAAAUUUUGCCAGAUAUGCAUUAUGCAGUGUUUGUGUCCUAUGUUGAAAUAUACAACAAUUAUAUCUAUGAUCUAUUAGAGGAAUCUCCUAUUGAUCCUAAAAGAAUUAAGAAUUUUAAUUCAAAAAUGCUACGAGAAGAUGCUUCUAAAAACAUGUAUGUUUUUGGUGUGGUUGAAAGUGAAGUGAAAACUGUUGAAGAAGCUCUUGAGCUCUUUUAUAAAGGACAGCUAAGACGUAGAGUAUCCCAUACAGCACUUAAUACAGAAUCUAGUCGUAGCCAUAGUGUUUUUACAAUCCGUAUUGCGCAGGCCCCUCUUGAUCCUCUAGGAGCAGAAAUAUUGCAGGAUAAAGAUCAAGUAAUUGUCAGCCAAUUAUCGCUUGUUGAUUUGGCAGGCAGUGAACGCCCUCUGAGAACUAGGAAUACAGGACAAAAACUACGUGAAGCAGGGAAUAUAAAUGCUUCAUUAAUGGCUUUGAGAACCUGCAUUGAAGUUUUAAGAGAAUCACAAACUCAAGGAGCAUCAAAGAUGGUCCCAUAUCGAGAAAGUAAACUUACUCAUUUAUUCAAAACAUUUUUU